AUUUCUUUGCUCGAUCAGCAUUUAUAAGAAAUCAUAGAUGUAUGCGCGCGCGUCCAAUGUCCGGUUCACCGACCAUCAUCGCGUCUCAAACCGUAUACGGAAUCCAUAGACAUAAUUCACUCCGUUGCCGUCCUACACCUUUUCUUCCUUUCAUUACUUUCGUGUAGACGUUAACAAUCCUGAAAACACGAUGGACGUCUCCCUUUUGUUUCAACAUACGCAGUAUGCGAUACCAAUUGGAAUAGUUCUAAUUUGUGCCAUUCUUGUCUUUGCUUUUGGUUUCAAGAAGGCCGAGCAACCACCGUUCGCUCAAUUGUCCGACGUGGACCGGAAACUUAACAACAAGAAGCGCGGCAAAACCAAAGAUAAGAAAGCUAGUAAUGGUCAAGUAGCAAGUGAAAAGGCCAGUCCACUUAAGAAAACUGUGACAUCGAAAACAGAAAUUUCGUCAAAGAAAACUACAUCAAAAGCAGAUGAGAUAGAUAAUAAGUCUAAAGAAAAGAAACAAGAGGAUAAUAAAAUCUCUUCCAAAAAGGAAAAGAAUCUAGUUGAUGUAAAAGAUGCUAAAGAAAAUAAAAUUGAACAAACAAAGAAUAAGAAGAAUUUGAAAAAUUUAGUUCAAGAGAAACCAGUUGAUUUUGACGAUGGUGAUUGGGAACAAGCAUACUCUAGAAAAGAUAAGAAAAAUAAGAAAAAAGAAGAAGAAAGUCCUUCAAAGAAAGGUAAAAAGGCAACAAAGAAAGCUGAUAUAAUUAAUGAAGCUGUUGCCAAACAAAAAGAACAAGAUAAAAGUGAAGUUAAAGAUAAAGUUGCUAAAGAAACAGAGAAUAAAGAAUUAAAGGAAAAGGAGAAAAAAGAAAUAAUACUUACUCCGAUUACUGCUGACAAGGCAACUAAGGAAAAAGAAUUAGAAAAAGAAGAAGAACAGAAUAAGAUUGAGAAAUCAGAAAAAGAAGAAAAGAAAAGUAGCAAAUCAAAAAAAAAUAAAAAAAUUUCUGAAAAAGAAAGUACGCAAGUAUCGACAACAAUCUCUGCAGCAGAAAUAGACACUAAACCUAUUGAAACUUCUGUACAAAAAAUGAAAGAUGAUACAGAGAAAAAAAUUGAUAAUUCUGAUCCUAAAGGUGAGCCAACACGGGAAAAAAUUAACUCUGCAUCGGACGAAACAGGAGAUGCAAAGUCACAGAAAAAACAUAAAAAGAAGGCUCGGAAAGAUAACUAAAGAAAGUUAAAAGUAAUGAUAAAGUUUUUCCACCAAAAGGAAAUAAAGUGAGAAACCUACUUGAUUCAAAAAACAAAUAUGCGUUGCUUUGAACAAGAUGGGUGCUUUUAAAGUGACUUACCAAUCAAUCGCCUGACCAAAUCGUUCCUCAUCUUUGUAUAUAAUGCAAAUUGGGUUAAGUUCUUUAAGCGAAUAAUGUUAUAUAUAGGAUUCAUGACAUCAGGUGCGUACAUAGCAUUCAUAAAAAGACUUCUUACAUAUUCCCAAUAUAUUUCGACAUGUCCAUUGUAGCCACGCUGCCUUGCAUUUAAUGAAAGGGGCAUAAGUCAUAGUUUUUGACUUAGUGUAAUCAACGAAAAACAAGAUAAAUUAUUUUAACAUGAUAUUAUAUGUUUAUAAUAGCAUAUUUGUAGAUACUCUCUCUUAAUCUAUAGAGAUAUAUCAUGUCUUUAGAAGCAAAACAGUUUAAAUAGUUAGAAUCUAGUACUUAUGCCAUUUUAUUUUUUAAGAUUAACCUACAAUGAAUAUUUUAUAUAGAAGAAAUUUAGUUUGCAGUACUAUAUAAAUAUAUUCAGUAGUAAUUUUUCUUUCCUUAGUUUAAUACUAUUUCUAAUCAUUUAUUUAUACUUCAGAUAUUGUAAGUCAAAACGUAGAAAGUAUGAAGUAUACUUCAAAUUGUCAUUGUAUAGGACAAUCUCUUAAAAGAAAAACAUUAAUACGUUAUUAAAACGUAUAGAGAUCUAUAAAAUACAUAUUUUCUUACAUAAAAGAUCAAAAAUUACCUUUGUUAAAAUGAUAUUUUAAUGCUUUAAAGAAAUUUAUCAAUUUUUAAAGCAUUGAAAUAUAUCGAAUUAAAUUCAGACUUAAUAAAAAUUUAUUAAGAUUUGACUAUGUUUAACAAAUAUUUUUUUGUACUAUAAUGUGUGUGAUGUUGAUUACAAAUAAAUUUAUAAUAAUAAGUUUGCCCAAGCACUGAGAAAUGUAUACAAUUAAGUUACAGUAAAAUCCAUUUGAAAACAUUGUCCAGAUAGUGUCAAUAGACUUGAUGUACUAUUGGACAAUACUUUAAAAAUUAAUCAUUAUAUCAUAUUAUAGAAAUUAUAUCCGUGAAGCAAAAGUGGUUGAUAAAAAUUACAAAUAUUUAUUUUAUUGAAGAAUUAUUAAUUGUAAAUAUACGCAUUAUUGUUAUAUUAAUAUUCUGGACAAAAAGCUUAAAUAAGCAAUAUGGGCCUAGCAAACUUUGAUUUUCGAAGGACAUACUUCAGAGUUUAUACUUGCAUAUCUCAUUUUAUAUUAUAUUUAAGUAGACACAAUAUAUUUUUUUAAUACGAGCUCUACAUGCAAAAAAGAUUUUGUCUAAAUAAAAUAUAAAAAUAAAACAAAUUAUUAAUUGCUGACAAUACUUUGCAGUUCAAACACAAAGUUAAAUUUUAUCUAUAUGUGGUAUAUAAAUUGAAAUACCAGGAUACAAACUUGAAUUGAGGUUUCAUUUUCGAACUAUUAUUUGUAAUUAUGAUAGAAUAAUAGUAAUGACGAUUAAUAUUUUUGCUAAGUCCAAAUGCGCGUGUAUUACGGUGCUAUAUAUUAUGCAUAAAAAAUAUGGAAAUUGUUCUUGUAUAUGUACUUGUGCAUGUGCAAACUAAAUUAAUUUGUCAUGUUUUAUACUACUACAACAUAUUUAAACAUACCUAAUCAAUUGGUACAAAUCUGGAGCAACAGAUUACUAAUGAGUGUGAUUCAAGUUUUAUCAGAUAUAUAUAUUUUUUUCAUUACUAUCCAUAUAAGUCAUUUCAAUGAGUCUUUUUUUUAUUAUUAUGGCUCACGUAGAAAUGGAUAGAUAAGUAUUUUAAACAUAUAUCAACAUACAUCGUUAAAAAUGAUUUUGUGCAAAAUAUAAUUAAUAAUUGUUUUAUUAAUACAUUAAACAGUAUGCUCUGUAUAAAUGUGGAAAUGCUGAUAAUAGAGAUGUAUAAAGAUAAAUGUGUUUAUAUAAAAAUAGAUGGAUUAGAAGCAUAUAUAUUAUAAGUCUUAUUUUACAUAAGGUGCUCCAGCUUAUAUUUUAUUAGAAAACAAUCUAAAAUAUGAAAAAGAAUAUUAUUUGCAGUUAUCAAUUAAGAAAAUAGUAAUUAUUGUAGUUAUUGUAGACAUUAAUUGCAAUAUUGCAAUUAUUUUAUAUCUCAUUUAAGCGUCAUCUAAUAAUGUUUAUGUUUAUUUCGUAUAUAAAUGAAAAGAGUAAGAUAGAAAGAAUAUUUGAAGCAUAUGCCUGACGAAGCCUUGUGAUAAGCAUUUUAUAUACCUGAGCUUUAUGGUUUGAAUGUGCAUAAUGGGGCCACUAAUGGUUCUUCAUAUUAAAAAAAAGCAGAAGAUACCUUAUUAUAUACUUUUUUUUUAUAAAUAUAAGAAUAGAUUACAAAAUAAAAAAAUAUUUUUAUGUUUUAUGUCUUUUCAAAUAUCGAUAAUUACAAGAUAUUUUCUGUGGUUUAAUAAGAAUUAUAAUUUAAUUACAAUAUUCGUUAUAAUUGAGACAGACAAAAUUGUAAUACAUUUCUCUUUAUAUAAAAUUGACAAAUGUUUAAUCUAUCAUAUCAUAUAAUCAGUAUAUAACCCAUUCAUGUGCCAAACAGAAAAUAUAUAGCUAUACGUUAUAUUUUUCUAAGAGUAAAUCUCAUAAAAGAAAACUGCUAUUAUAUAUAUUUACGACGUAUAUUUUGUGAUCUUUGGUAGCUACAUUUUUUUAUUAUUUGAUAUAGUUUAUACACUAUUAAAAAUAUUGUCUCUUUUUUUUUUAAUUGCUCCUGUAAUUUUCUUUUUCUUUUGACAGAUUAUUUCUAUUGUAAAUGGUAAUUUUCUUAAAAUUACAUCUUUUAUUAAUUUUGUUUUUAUAAAAACAUUAUUAUUGUACUUAAAUAUAUUUGAUAAUUUAUUCGUACUGAUGAUAUUGUGCGCUACUACAGUAAGCAUAUCUUUAGAAAUACAUUUUUUUAAGUAAUAAUUACGUAACACACUAUGUCAAGAAGUUUUGAAUGUUUAAUUGGUUAAUUAUUAAAACAUGUUACAUUCAUAGAAGCUUAUCACGCAUUAUAUGAUUUUUUUUCUAUUGUGAGGUAAUUAAAUAAUAAAAUAAUGCAGUCAAAA